GCGGCCUGGGCGGGCAGAGCGAGGCUUCCGAGGGUGAGGGUGCCCUCGUGGGUCUGGGCAGCCCCCGCCGGGCAACAUGUCCCGGAACCUGCGCACCGCGCUGAUUUUCGGCGGUUUCGUCUCCCUGGUCGGCGCCGCUUUCUACCCCAUCUACUUCCGGCCCCUAAUGAGGCUGGAGGAGUACCAGAAGGAACAGGCCAUAAAUCGGGCUGGUAUUGUUCAAGAAGAUGUGCAGCCACCAGGGUUGAAGGUGUGGUCUGAUCCCUUCGGCAGGAAAUGAGAAGGCCACCACCAGCUUUGAUUGUGGAAGGAGACAUCUGCAUGCUUUUGACUCAGCAUUGAUAGAGUAAACCACCUCACUAGAGAGAUGGCUGGAGGAGAAAGUGAAAGCUGUCAGUAAGAGGCCUGUAAUAAAGACUGUGCACAAGGACUGACAUUCCCUCAAGAAUCAGAAAAAUCCUGGAACACACUACACCAUUAGGAAGGUUUUCAUGACUCGGCUGACUUUGUUGCACUCUUGCAAGGCCAUUUGCAGGAGAUUUGCUCGUCACUGAGUCUUCAUCACUAGCCGAGCUGUGCUGCAAAUGCAUAGAACUCGUGGGCUUAAGGAGGUCCACGCCUCUUUGCCCCUCCAAAUGAGAGAUUUUGAACUGCCUCCUGUGGCUCUUUGAAAAUGGUCAAGUUGAUAAAGCUCUUUGAGGACAAGGUACUUUGUGCAUUUUAAAAAUACCCCAUUCAUCUCAACCAUCUCUUGUUAAAAGAUUACUCCAUGUUAGAAAAAAAAAAUGCAAAGUGAAUCAAACUAGACCAGUGCGCAUGUGUAGAAGAAAUCAGUGGUGAAUUAACAAAAGUGAAAAUGUGUCUAUUAAAAUGAUUUAUUUUUACUUUGCAA